GGGGGCGCCAGUUCUCUCCGCGCUCCCGCGUGGCUGGCCCCUGAUGGUCCUAGACCUCAAGGAUUGCUUCUUUUCUAUUCCUCUUGCGGAACAAGAUCGCGAAGCUUUUGCAUUUACGCUCCCCUCUGUGAAUAACCAGGCCCCCGCUCGAAGAUUCCAAUGGAAGGUCUUGCCCCAAGGGAUGACCUGUUCUCCCACUAUCUGUCAGUUGGUAGUGGGUCAGGUACUUGAGCCCUUGCGACUCAAGCACCCAUCUCUGUGCAUGUUGCAUUAUAUGGAUGAUCUUUUGCUAGCCGCCUCAAGUCAUGAUGGGUUGGAAGCGGCAGGGGAGGAGGUUAUCAGUACAUUGGAAAGAGCCGGGUUCACCAUUUCGCCUGAUAAGAUCCAGAGGGAGCCCGGAGUACAAUAUCUUGGGUACAAGUUAGGCAGUACGUAUGUAGCACCCGUAGGCCUGGUAGCAGAACCCAGGAUAGCCACCUUGUGGGAUGUUCAAAAGCUGGUGGGGUCACUUCAGUGGCUUCGCCCAGCGUUAGGAAUCCCGCCACGACUGAUGGGCCCCUUUUAUGAGCAGUUACGAGGGUCAGAUCCUAACGAGGCGAGGGAAUGGAAUCUAGACAUGAAAAUGGCCUGGAGAGAGAUCGUACAGCUUAGCACCACUGCUGCCUUGGAACGAUGGGACCCUGCCCUGCCUCUGGAAGGAGCGGUCGCUAGAUGUGAACAGGGGGCAAUAGGGGUCCUGGGACAGGGACUGUCCACACACCCAAGGCCAUGUUUGUGGUUAUUCUCCACCCAACCCACCAAGGCGUUUACUGCUUGGUUAGAAGUGCUCACCCUUUUGAUUACUAAGCUACGUGCUUCGGCAGUGCGAACCUUUGGCAAGGAGGUUGAUAUCCUCCUGUUGCCUGCAUGCUUUCGGGAGGACCUUCCGCUCCCGGAGGGGAUCCUGUUAGCCCUUAAGGGGUUUGCAGGAAAAAUCAGGAGUAGUGACACGCCAUCUAUUUUUGACAUUGCGCGUCCACUGCAUGUUUCUCUGAAAGUGAGGGUUACCGACCACCCUGUACCGGGACCCACUGUCUUUACCGACGCCUCCUCAAGCACCCAUAAGGGGGUGGUAGUCUGGAGGGAGGGCCCAAGGUGGGAGAUAAAAGAAAUAGCUGAUUUGGGGGCAAGUGUACAACAACUGGAAGCACGCGCUGUGGCCAUGGCACUUCUGCUGUGGCCGACAACGCCCACUAAUGUAGUGACUGACUCCGCGUUUGUUGCGAAAAUGUUACUCAAGAUGGGACAGGAGGGAGUCCCGUCUACAGCGGCGGCUUUUAUUUUAGAGGAUGCGUUAAGCCAAAGGUCAGCCAUGGCCGCCGUUCUCCACGUGCGGAGUCAUUCUGAAGUGCCAGGGUUUUUCACAGAAGGAAAUGACGUGGCAGAUAGCCAAGCCACCUUUCAAGCGUAUCCCUUGAGAGAGGCUAAAGAUCUUCAUACUGCUCUCCAUAUUGGACCCCGCGCGCUAUCCAAAGCGUGUAAUAUAUCUAUGCAGCAGGCUAGGGAGGUUGUUCAGACCUGCCCGCAUUGUAAUUCAGCCCCUGCGUUGGAGGCCGGGGUAAACCCUAGGGGUUUGGGACCCCUACAGAUAUGGCAGACAGACUUUACGCUUGAGCCUAGAAUGGCCCCCCGUUCCUGGCUCGCUGUUACUGUGGAUACCGCCUCAUCGGCGAUAGUCGUAACUCAGCAUGGCCGUGUCACAUCGGUUGCUGCACAACAUCAUUGGGCCACGGCUAUCGCCGUUUUGGGAAGACCAAAGGCCAUAAAAACAGAUAACGGGUCCUGCUUCACGUCUAAAUCCACGCGAGAGUGGCUCGCGAGAUGGGGGAUAGCACACACCACCGGGAUUCCGGGUAAUUCCCAGGGUCAAGCUAUGGUAGAGCGGACCAACCGGCUCCUGAAAGAUAAGAUCCGUGUGCUUGCGGAGGGGGACGGCUUUAUGAAAAGAAUCCCCACCAGCAAACAGGGGGAACUACUAGCCAAGGCAAUGUAUGCCCUCAAUCACUUUGAGCGUGGUGAAAACACAAAAACACCGAUACAAAAACACUGGAGACCUACUGUUCUUACAGAAGGACCCCCGGUUAAAAUACGAAUAGAGACAGGGGAGUGGGAAAAAGGAUGGAACGUGCUGGUCUGGGGACGAGGUUAUGCCGCUGUGAAAAACAGGGACACUGAUAAGGUUAUUUGGGUACCCUCUCGAAAAGUUAAACCGGACAUCACCCAAAAGGAUGAGGUGACUAAGAAAGAUGAGGCGAGCCCUCUUUUUGCAGGCAUUUCUGACUGGAUACCCUGGGGAGACAAGCAAGAAGGACUCCAAGGAGAAACCGCUAGCAACAAGCAAGAAAGACCCGGAGAAGACACCCUUGCUGCCAACGAGAGUUAACUAUAUUCUCAUUAUUGGUGUCCUGGUCUUGUGUGAGGUUACGGGGACAGGUAUAAGACGUAAACGAAGCACCUCACACCUGGAUGAUACAUGCUCAGAUGAAGUGCAGCUUUGGGGUCCUACAGCAAGAAUCUUUGCAUCUAUCUUAGCCCCGGGGGUAGCAGCUGCGCAAGCCUUAAGAGAAAUCGAGAGACUAGCCUGUUGGUCCGUUAAACAGGCUAACUU